AUGGCAGCGCAGUGCUUGGGUUUGAUGCGGCGGACUUUCUUGGCGAUUGCCCUCUCGCUCCGGACCUCUUCUAGGCUGCUCUGUACAGCAGCAAAACAGAAAAAUAAUGGCCAGAACUUAGAAGAUGACUCAAGUCAAAAUGAACAGAAGACAGACAGUACCGUUACAGAGAAGACACUAACUGAAGAGAAGGUCAAAUUAGAAGAACAGCUGAAAGAAACUUUGGAAAAGUACAAACGAGCCUUAGCAGAUACAGAGAAUUUACGGCGGCGGAACCAGAAAUUGGUAGAAGAGGCAAAAUUAUAUAGUAUUCAAGGUUUUUGUAAAGAUUUAUUAGAAGUUGCUGACAUUUUGGAAAAGGCAACAGCAAGUGUCCCAAAAGAGGAAAUAAAGGAAGAAAACCCUCAUUUGAAGAACUUAUAUGAGGGUCUUGUCAUGAUUGAAGUCCAGAUUCAAAAAGUGUUCAAAAAGAAUGGUUUGCUCAAACUAGAUCCUGUUGGUACCAAAUUUGAUCCCUAUGAACAUGAAGCCUUGUUCCAUACUCCAAUAGAGGGGAAGGAGCCUGGCACCAUUGCACUAGUAACCAAAGUUGGGUAUAAGCUACAUGGGCGAACCUUGAGACCUGCUUUGGCGGGUGUUGUUAAAGAACCGUAG